AUACCCAGCCAUUAACUUAACUACCUCCGUCAAUACGUGUUUCAAUUUCAAAAUAAAUAAACCAAGUGCUUGUUGCCAAAAACAAAAUAAGUAAAAAACUAUAAACAACAAAUAAAAUACAACAACGAUAACCAUGAGAGAUACGACGUGGCUCUUGCUCAUUUGUUUCUUAAUUGGACAAUUUUAUGUUGAUGUUUGCCAUAGUAAGCCAGCUGGCGCUGACGAGGACUAUCAAGCGGAUGACUAUGAUUACGGUGAGGUAGACGAUGAAAGCGGAAGUACAGUUGCGCCGCCGCCGCUUGUAGCGCAAGCGGAACCGGCGCCAUAUUUCGAACAGUCCGAUUUGCAUAUAGAAGCGCGGCCAGGCAGCGAUGUUAUACUCAACUGCGAUGUGCGCAAUUUUGGAUUGCGAAAUGUGGUGAUGUGGUAUAGAAACAGCACAAUAUUGUCCACUGGCCAGAACUCCAUAAACGAUCAAGAGGAAGUGUUGAAGAACAACUCGUUGCGCAUACGCAGCGUUACCAAGGAGCAUGCCAAUGAUUAUUAUUGCGUCGUGUUGCCGCAGAACGUGCGACAGCAUACACAACUGCGUGUGAGUCCUCGGCUGUCGAUCCUUUGCGACGAUCGCGAUGUUACGGAUCGCUCGCAGACGUUCAAGCAGGGAGACCAUCACAAGCUCGUCUGUCGCACGUUCUUGCCCAACAAAGCGGAAAUCAAAUGGUCCUUCAAUGGCCAACGCUUGGAGAGCUCGUCGAAUGAGCUGGAGAAUGGCGUCAUUACCUUGGACAAUGUGGAUGAGUCGAAUGUGGGUGUUUAUCAGUGCCUGGGCGAUGAUGGCAGCUCGGAGCCAGCUCAUGGCAUGGUCCACAUUGAUGUGCAGUAUAGUCCCAGGGUCUCCACGCAUCGUCAUCAUGUCAACACUCAAGAGGGCAGCAGCGCUGAGCUCUAUUGCGAUUAUCGCGCCAAUCCCAUUGCCAUUUUCUUCUUCACCAAGGAUGGCAAGCCGCUGACAGUUUCGGAUAAAUACUCGCUGCGGGAUUCAGUGCACAAGGCGCACAAUCGCACCACGUUGAUCAUUAAGCAUGUGCAGGACAGCGAUCUGGGCGAGUAUCUGUGCAAUGUGGAGAAUUCCAUUGGCUCCAAUCAGGCGCACAUUGAGCUCAGCUACAAUCCGGAGACGCCGCAGUUCGAAAGCAUCAACAUUGAUGGCAAUGUGGUCACCAUGCAUUGGCUCGUGCGCAGUCUUCAGCCGCUCUCCGAAGCUAUGCUCGACUAUAAAUUCAAGGGGUCCUACUCCUGGAGCACUGUCUCUGUUAUACAGACGCGACGUCAUGAGACGGAUAGCGGCUUUUGGAAAAUCACACACCAAAUGGAAUUGACACCAGGUGUUUGGCAUGCGCGCGUUAAGACGAAGAAUACGCACGGCUGGUCGCACUUCUCGCCAGACCAUGACUUUGUUAUCAAGGAGCAAGAUGAUAUAGAUGCCAGCGAUAUCGAUGAUGGCGAGCUGCCGCCGGAUGAUCUGGUGCGUGCCGGCAUUGGAGGAGGCGGAGGAGGCAGCAAAAAGAAUGUGGCGUCAGCUUUAAGCGUGUGGCCAGUUCUCAUGUUCAUUAGCUUUGGAGCUAUGCUGCUGCGAGCUUAAAUGUUUAAUUUUUGUUUUUGUUUUGCUUUUGCUAUGCCUUGACCUGGGCACCUGGACACUAGCAGCUUAAUUAUAAGAUAAAGC